UGGCAUCAUCACAUCAACAUCUUCAAACAGCAUCAAGGCAAGCCCAGUCACCCUCGACAUUCAUUUCCCCUUCGAAUCAGAGUAACAAGCGACUCGCUUCACCCCCUUGCUCGCUAGCGCGCAAGCUCGAAACACGCUCGUAGUCCGAGCCCGAUAUGAGGCCCCUCUCGUCGCACCCAAUUUGGAGGAGGACCCCGUCCGCCGGCUCGCUCCUCAUUGGUAUCAUUGUCGGUCUGUUGGUGGCCUCGUUCUUGAGGAGAAGCGACCCCACACCAGAGUGGCAUGGCUCGUCGAGUGGACGCGUUCGUCCCACCACACACCGCCUUGGACGCGCCCAGAUCCAGCUGCCUUCCCUAAAGCAGCGAUUGCGGAUCCUCGAGCUCAUUGGAACCCUCUCGCCUCACCACACAAAGGAGUGCACGCGCGACCUGCAGGAGCUCUACGUUGAGCAGGCCAAGGACCGCUACUCGCCGCUGGUCGGCCACAAGAAGUCGUGGCAUGCCCACGGCUGGCUCGGACGCAUGAUGGGCAUGGCCGGCAAGGACCAGCUCACCGUCCUGCCCGAACAGCACAAGCAGAUGAGCCGACGCGACACGGUCCGCCGUGACCUCCAGGCCCAGCAGCACAAGUACUUCUUCGCCAUCAACCUGUACAACUCGUUCGAUGUCAUUCCCGACAUCUUCUCGACACUGUUCCGCACGGCGGCCAUCCUCGGCUUCCACAAUGUCUACGUUUCAAUUUACGAGAACGGUUCCAAGGACCAGACCAAGGCUCUCCUGCGUAUCUUUGACGCGCUCUCGCGUAGUGUCGGCCUCCGCGUCGUCAUUCGCUCGUCGAUGCGUAUCCGUGGUGCCUUCAACCACCGUAUCGAAUAUCUCGCCGAGGUCCGUAACGAGGCCAUGCAGCCUCUGCACGACCUGCGUGACAACAACAACGAGGUGUUUGACUCGAUCGUCUUCAUGAACGAUAUCCUGCCUUGCGUCGACGACCUCCUCGAGCUCAUCUGGCAGAGCCGUCGCCAGAACGCUGGCAUCACCUGCGCUGCCGACUACAUGUACCACGAUGAGAUUGGAGCGCCCGUCUUCUACGACAACUGGGUCGCCCGUGACCUCAACGGUACUGCCCUUGAGAACGCGCCUUUCGAGCAGGUCUUCCACCACAUCGAGUCCAACCACCGUUUCCAACGCCAUCUGCCUGUCCAGGUCCAGUCGUGCUGGAACGGUGUCGCCAUUCUCGACCCCGAGCCGUUCUAUGCCGCACCUCCUGUCAAGUUCCGCAUGGCUACGCUGCAGAACGGAGAGUGCUCAGCCUCGGAGUGUUCGUUGAUCUGCAACGACUACUGGUCAUCUGGAUACGGCCGUAUCAUCAUGGUCCCCCGUGUCAAGCUUGCGUACGACAAGAAGGUCUACGACAUUAUCCACCCCGAGCGCCGUAACCUCACCGCUAUCCGUGGCUACAAGCGCAUUGGAGGUGCCCCGGACGACCCGCACUCGGACCCCCAGGACCGCAGCUGGUUUGGUCCCCACGACCGCUUAUUCUCUGAGGAUGAGUACGAGGAGGUCAAGUUUACCACUGGCCCAGAGUAUGUCUGGUGCUGGGGUUGGGACGGUGCUGGUGACCUCGACGGUCCCGAUGUCGACCCCAUCUGGGAGAAGAUGCCAGAGAGGGCAUCGUCGUCGGAGACGAUUGAGAUUAAGCAUGAUCGUAGCUUCUAAAAGUGUACGAUACGGUAGGUGUCGCAGUUUAACUGGAGAGGGGAGCGCGACUGCCAUGCGUCAGGUAGCGAGUACAUAUGCUCGCCCCCCUACCCACAGCACCUGUCUGUCUACAGGACUCUCGUUUGGUUUCAUACUGCCUUUCACGCAGCCGUAUAUGGACUGUUCAGGACUGGCUCGGGAAUAGAUG